UCUUCAUCUUCUUUAAAUAAAAAGCUUCGUCAAUAACAAUGGAGUCGGAUCAACUGUCACGUUGUUUGUAUGUAUAUAUCUCAAUUCACUAUAUUAUCCAUUCAUAAACAUAGUUGAUUCUAUGGAAUUGAUUCUACCUUGAUCUGGAUUCUAUAACUGACAAUGAAACGAUCGCCGAGGCCGAUUUUCACUGUUCUAGUUCUAAUCGUAAUCGGAAUCACGCUAUGCUUCCAGCUGACGAUUCGUAAUAAAGGAUUCACAUCGUUUCGGAACGAUGAUAUUAAUGUCAAUCUGUUGAAAUUAGCGUCCGAGCAGUUAGGGAAAGAAGAAGAGAGAUCUGAAGUGGAACGUUUACUACAAAGGAACAUCGGUCGUAAUAAUGGACGACAACGUUCGUUCCUCUCAUCCGUCCCAAUUCCGUUUCCAUCUCCGCAGUUUUACAGUCUGUGGAAUGAAUUCCAGGUACAUUUGAAUGAUUGGUGGAGGAAAAAACGAUUCGAACCUGAAAUAUUAAACGAUUUACACCAUAUGUUUAAGGUUUCAAUCGAUUCGAACUCUAAUAGAAGGUAUUCAUCGUGUGCUGUUGUUGGAAAUAGUGGAAUUCUAUUGAAUAACAAUCACGGGAGUUUGAUUGAUAGUCACGAAGCGGUAAUCAGGUUAAACAACGCGAGAAUUGUAGGAUUCGAGAGAAAUGUAGGUUAUAAGACGAACAUUUCAUUUAUAAACAGCAACAUUAUGCAUCUAUGUGCUAGAAGAGAUUGGUGUUUAUGUCAUCCUUACAUAAGUAAAAACCUUGUAAUGAUCAUGUACAUUUGUCAGCCAAUACAUCUAAUGGAUUACACCAUUUGCGGUGGAUCAGGAUCAAACAGAUCGCUAAUAGUUACGGAUCCACGAUUCGAUGAACUAUGUGCUAGGAUUGUGAAGUAUUACUCAUUGAAAAGGUUUGUGGAGAAGAUGAAGAAGGGGGUUGAUGAAUGGGGAGCAGUUCAUGAUGGUUCUAUGUUUCAUUAUUCAUCUGGUUUUCAAGCUGUAAUGCUUGCAGUUGGAAUUUGUGAUAAAGUAAGUAUUUUUGGAUUUGGGAAAUCUGAAUUAUCUAAGCAUCAUUAUCAUACGAAUCAAAAGGGGGAACUUCAUUUACAUGAUUAUGAAGCUGAAUAUAGUAUUUAUCAAGAUCUUGUGGAAAGACCUAAGGUAAUUCCAUUCAUUUCUCAUAAGAAAUUCAAGUUUCCUCCUGUUGUGAUAUAUAAAUGAACUUGUUUUUAAUUUCUUUGGUCAU